AUGGAACUAGUGAAAAACUAUGUCAAGAAAGCAAUGCCAUCGCUCAGUAGCGAUCAGAUGGAUACACUCAUGGAUAAACUCUCUGUAGAUGACCUGAGCCUUGUGGACCCGGAGGACAUUAAAGACACUCUGCCAUUCAUCCAGUGCAAAAGAUUCGUCAGAGCUGUCAAAGCAUUGGAAGCAGGUCCAAUACAGCUCAUCUGUGGCAUUGCAAAAUACUUCAAGGAAGACUCUUAUAAACUCUUCGACAAAAAAGAGGUGACCAGCAAUUCAAGAUUGCUGUUGAUACUUGUCAAUGACCACAUCACCUCUCCCAUUGUGGCCUUGAGCUACGUCUUCUCCAUGUUUUAUGUCUGCAACGUCCAAUACCCACCGGAGAUGGCCUUUACUCUGGAAUUCAUGCAAAGAGUUUUCUUUGGGAUCAAUCCUGAGCGAGGCUCCAAGGCAGAGAAGAAGGGGAAGAAACGGCACUUCAUUCCUCCACAGGUGUGGAAGCUGGUUUCUCAGCUGAAGGAAUUUGAAUGCAAGCAGAAGGAAUCUGAGUGGGCCUUUUGA